CACAUUUGAAAUACAAUCAAGUUACACAAUAUGAGGUAUAUAAUGACAAUAAAGUAAUAGAUGGUGCCAACAUUGCAGGUGUGAUGUACAUGCAACGUAAGAUUAUUCGUGAUCCACAGGGUUGAAUUUCAAUAUAAACGGCGUACAAUAAAAAUAUUCAUUAUAUGCAUGUUUCAUUUAAUUCUAUUUUUGAUAAAAGUAAAUUCUGUCUUCUGACGUAAAUGUUGACAUAGCUACCCAAUAUGAAUUAGGUCAAACAAACUUUAAACUAUUUAAACAGGUAAUAACGCAUAAAUAAUGUAUACAGGCCGACACGCCGCAUAGGUAUUUAAUCACGGGACUAGACGGAGGGUCGAAAGAACAGGGAGGCCAUGCUGGAUUUUCAGUAAACUACUCGUGUGAUCCCGGCGUUAGAAAUGGAUCCCCGGCGCAGUGCUCAGGAAGUCCUACUGUGUGACAUAUGUGAAACUCUCCCCCUACAGAGUCAUUGUGAAGUUUGUGCCGUAAAUCUCUGUGUUAACUGUGUAGGAAAACAUCUCUUAGAUUCCUCCAAAAAACACAAUGUUAUGCCCUAUUUACAAAGAACAUAUACUCCCAACUACCCGAAAUGUCCGAAACAUGCCGACAAACACUGCGAACUUCACUGUGAGAAAUGCGAUAUUCCUGUUUGUAUUAAAUGCGUUUCCUCCGGUAAACACGAAGGUCACAAGUUAUCAGAAUUUCUUGAAAAACUCAGCGCUAAAACACAAGAUUUACAAAAGGAUUUGGAGGAACUCGAGACGAGAAUUUAUCCCCAGUAUGAAGAUAUGGCGUCCAAUAUCCAAACCGAAAAAGCCGACAUAGAAACAAACUACGGGAAAAUGACCACAGCUGCCGAAGAAGAAGGUGACAUUUUACACCAGGAGAUCACCGCCAUUGUCAACCGACGGAAAUCUUACAUUCAGGAGAUGAAAAACAAACACCUAUCUACCCUGAAUAAAAGUACAGAGGAAAUCACACAAACAAUUACUGAACUCAAACAGAUCAUGUCCGACUUGAAAUCAAUCCUAAACUCAAAUGACGUCUCCUUAACCUCUACUUACAAAUCUAGGAAUUCCGAAUUUAGAACAUUACCGCCUAAAGUCCAGGUUACAUUACCGAGUUUUACUCCUCAGAAAAUAAACACAGACAAGCUCCGAGAAAUGCUUAGUUCUCUGUCGUCAUUAACCAUUCACACAGAACAUGGCGACACAAUGAAGUCAACAGAAGCUGCAUCGUCUCCUCCAGCCAAACCAUUACUUGUUGAACCGCGCCUCACCGCCACCAUACACACUGGGUAUAGUGGACUACGCAGUGUUAGCUGUCUGAGUGAAGAUCAAGUCUGGACAUGCGGGGAAAACGAAAUAAUGGAGCUCCUCAAUCUCCAGAUUAAAGUACUGACAUCAAUACAAACCAAGUCAGGGAAACAACCAAGGGGCAUAACAGUGACACGGGACGGAGAUCUUGUUUAUACUGACCAUGAUAAUAACACUAUAAACAUGGUCAAGGAUGGAAAUAUACGGACCGUGAUCACACUACAGGGGUGGAGACCUCGCUAUAUCUGCAGUACCGCGUCUGGUGAUAUCCUGGUCACCAUGAUCAGUGAUGAUAGAAAACAAUCCAAAGUUGUGCGUUACUCUGGCUCCACAGAAAAACAAACCAUUCAGUUUGAUGAUCAGGGCCGUCCUCUAUACUCAUCUGAUGAUUUCAGUAAAUACAUCAGUGAGAAUAGGAACCUGGAUAUAUGUAUGGCGGACUGGUCAGCUAGAGCAGUGGUGGUGGUCAACGAGUCAGGAAAACUCCGAUUUAGAUACACUGGUCAUCCCUCUAAUACCAAGCAAUCAUUUAAUCCACGCGGCAUCACUACAGACAGCCAUAGUCAUAUCCUGACAGCAGAUGGACACCAUAUCCACAUCCUAGAUCAGGAAGGAGAGUUCCUCCGUUACAUUCACUGUGAUUUAGAAUGUCCAUCAGGUUUAUGUGUCGACAUCAAAGACAACCUCUUUGUGGCUGAGCGUGUCACUGCUAAAUUGAAGAAAAUCAAAUAUAUAUAAGCAGAGGGUUGAUUACAUCAGUGUGUUGAUUACAACUCCUUGCUAAGUACAGUUCUUUUUAAAUACACAUCCUUCUUAAUUACAACCCUAUGUACAAUACGGUCCUGUGUUGUCUAGAGUUACUUUUUAAUAACAGGCCUGUGAUAAUUACAGUACUGUGUCUGUGAUGUGUAAUGUACUUGUGUUUGUGAGUUAAACUGAAAGAACAUUAGUCUCUCACUGCUGUUUACUAAUUAUAUCUUAGAAUAUCUGCACCAUUAUGUUUCGUGGAACGGUAUUGAUUUUAGUACACUAAUUACUAACUUGACUAAGAUAUUAGUUAUCAAUAUACAAACUUUUGUGGACUAAUUUGACUGUGUUACUAGAUAUCUAUCUAUACGCAGUCCUUUAUUGACUAUUUUGGCUGUGUUGAAAUUUAUCUAUCUAUGUACAAUCUUUGAAGGGCUGAUUUGAAUAUGUUACUAGUUUCCUAUCUAUAUACAAUCCUUUGUGGACUAGUUCAACUAUGUUACUAAAGCUCUAUCUAUAUACAAUCUUUUUUAGAGUAAUUUGGCUGUGUUACUAGUUAUCUAUGUACAAUCUUUUGUGAACUAAUUUUACCGUGUUAGUAGUUAUCUAUAUACAAUCUUUUGUUGACACAUUCUACUGUGUUACUAGUUAUCUAUCUGUAUACAAUGUUUUGUUGAUUAAUUGACUGUGUUACUAGUUAUCUAUAUACAAUCCUUUGUGGACUAAUUUGACUGUGUUGCUAUUUAUCUAUAUACAAUCUUUUGUGGACUAAUUUGACUGUGCUACUAUUUAUCUAUCUAUAUACAAUUUUGGUGGACUAAUUUGGCUGUGUUACUAGUUAUAUAUAUAUACAAUCUUUGGUGGACUAAUUUGACUGUGUUACUAUUUAUCUAUCUAUAUACAAUGUUUUGAGGACUAAUUUGACUGUGUUACUAGCUAUCUAUAUACAAUCUUUUGUGGACUAAUUUGACUGUGUUGCUAGUUAUCUUUAAUGAAUCUUUUGUAGAUUAAUUUGACUGUGCUACUAGCUAUCUAUCUAUAUACAAUCUUUUGUGGACUAAUUUGGCUAUGUUACACUUACUAGUUAUCAAUAUGCAUUAUUUUGCGGACUAAUUUGACUGUGUUCCUAGCUAUCCAUCUAUAUACAAUGUUUUGUUGAUUAAUUGACUGUGUUACUAGUUAUCUAUAUACAAUCUUUUGUAGACGAAUUUGAUUGUGUUACUAGUUAUCUACCUAUAUGUAAUCUUUUGUGGACUAAUUUGACUGUGUUACUAAUUAUCUAUAUGCCAUCUUUUGUGGACUAGUUUGACUGUAUUACUACUACUUGAAUAUUAUUUCGUUUGCCGAUUUUAUCUAUCAAUAUGCAUAUAUUUCUUUUUCAAUUUAUAUAUUAUAUAAACAUGAUUUAUA